UGAGGGUGUGUCAAGGUGGAACAUCAGCAGUUCGGCACGAGGUGUUUGGAUGACAGAGCCAUCCAGGACCAAAAUAUAUGAUGUACGUCUAGUGUCUGAUGUGAAUGCACUGAGUGACAGAGUCUUGGGAAGACCUCUUCUUCCAGAGUUUAUUCCACCCGGGAAGCAAACUGGAGAACGUAUUGCAGUGGAAUACCUCCCAGCGCACUCAAACAGAGGAGAUCUCCAGACCCAGCAGGACAUGAGUGAGAUACAGCCAGGCACAUUGGAUGCAGUCGUGGACGAGGAAAGCACAGAUACGACUGUGUCAGACGUCACAGACGCUACUUUUCAGGAAUUUAUGUUUGGAAGUGGAGGUCCCAGCCACACAUUUGAGGAGACCGCCAACUCUUCCUGGUCGGUGCAAACUGUAUUGGAGGAGAGUGACACUGCCGCCACAUCUGUCCCGUCCCCAUCUGAGGAGAGCGAGCCCCUCACCCCAGCUUUGGACCCCAGGUGUGAUUCCCCAGGAUUUCCUGGAUGGGACGCUGUGACUGAGGAACCGCUACCUGAGCCUCGUGCCCUCCCCUCACAGCCAGUACAGCAUGGACAAGCGCCUCUUGAGUUCCUGGAGCCUGAGAAUCGGGAGGGUGAGGCAAGGAUCCGUCAGCGGCGCAGCACCAGAACACCUGCACCACUUCCACAGAGGGCAGGGUUUCCUCCCUCUUCAACUGGUCAGUGGCCCCCAGUGCACUACCAGAGCUGGUCUCCGCUCCCUCAAACACUCCAGGUACAACCCCAUGGCUGGAUCUAUUCCUACCAGCCACCCCCAACCGGUCCUCAGGCUUGGCCCUUCGCACCCCCACCUCACCCUCAAGGCUGGUGGUCUUACCCUCAAGUACCCCCACCACACUUCUAUGCUUGGCCAUCAACAUCCCAAGCACCCACACAGGGCUGGUCGUCCACCUACCAACCACCCUCAACAUCCUCCCAGCAACAAUCCUCAGCACCUUCUCCAACCCACCCAAAUGCACUUGACCCCACAAAUCGCCACCGCCAAAGGAGGUUGCAAAAGGCAGCCCUUGAGGAUCAGGAGCGAGAGAGGAGAGGUGAGCCUCCAAGAAAACGUCACUCGAAAGAGCAGUACCACUAUCAGUGCAAGCACUGUGGCAAAGCAAAGACUAAAUCAACCGGCCACUCUCAGGUGCGUGGCAAGUGGUACUGCCCUGCAUCUGGACAGACCUUUGAAGAGUGGAAAGACUCUUUGUAAUUGUAUUUGUUGUAUUGGAAUUACUC